UUGAGGUGUGUUUAUACUGAUUCGGACAUCAUGGUUAUUAAAAAAAUGCACCUUUAACCACUAUAAAUACCAACCCUUGAACCAUCUUCAUUUCACAAAGAACAGAGCAUAGAGCAGUGAAGCUCACUCCACUACCCUUUGUACGAGUUUCAGCCUUCUGACGAACCAGAAGUUCAUGCCAGGAAUAAAACACUUGCUUAUCAUUUCUAUAGCUAUCAAUGCAGGGCUAGUGUUGAAAUUUCUGCAUGAUGGACAUGAUUGGGCCGGAAGGUCUGUUCCGAAGGGUGUGCUUCCUGAGGCUAAGCCUGCAAACGGGGUGCAAACUUUGAGCCGUGCAACUGAUAUGCAAGAUCAGUACAUCAAUCUGGAUCAUGGUGAUCCGACAAUGUACGAGACCUACUGGAAGCAAAUGGGAGACAAAACGACACUAGUUUUAUCAGGUUGGCAAUCCAUUAGUUAUUUUUCGGAUACCAAGAACAUUUGCUGGUUUCUGGAGCCAGGCUUUGCAAAUGCAGUAACUAGACUGCACAAUCUAGUCGGGAAUGCUCAGACUGGAAAUUAUCACAUUGUAGUUGGAACAGGAUCUACACAACUGUUUCAGGCUGCGUUAUAUGCUCUGUGUCCAUCCAACGCACCACAGCCAAUGAGUAUUGUAUCUGCUGCCCCAUUUUAUUCGUCGUAUCCAUUGAUCAUUGAUUGCUUGAAAUCUGGGCUCUACAAGUGGAAAGGUGAUGCCUCAAAAUUUAACAAAGACGAGCCUUAUAUUGAGCUCGUGACUUCUCCAAAUAAUCCUGACGGAUCAAUCAGGCAAGCUGUAGUUAACGGCAGUGGAGGAAUACUGGUGCAUGACCUAGCUUACUACUGGCCCCAGUAUACUCCGAUCUCAUUUCAGGCAGACCAUGACAUUAUGUUGUUCACACUCUCCAAAUGCACUGGACAUGCUGGGAUACGUAUAGGAUGGGCACUAGUGAAAGAUAAAGAAGUUGCCAAGAAGAUGACUAAAUUUAUAGAGAUCAGCAGCAUUGGUGUCUCUAAAGAUUCACAGCUCCGAGCUGCUAAAAUCCUUGAUGUUAUUGCUGAUACCUACGAGCACACACAGAAAUUUGAUAAGGCUACACCCUUCUUCCAUUAUGGCUACAAUGAAAUGGCAAAGCGAUGGAGACAAUUGAGAUCAGCUGUCAGCAAAGGCCAAACAUUUAGUUUACCCGACUUUCCUGUUGAAAAAUGCAACUUUAGUGGUCAGACAUUUGGAACACAACCUGCUUUUGCAUGGCUAAAAUGUGAAAAGGCCGUAGACGACUGUGCAAGCUUCCUGAGGAAGCACAAGAUUUUGACCAGAAGCGGAACCCAUUUUGGUUCAAGCGAAAAAUACGUGAGGAUCAGUUUGAUAAGCCACCAGGAAGAGUAUGGUGAAUUUAUUCAAAGGUUAUCUCUGAUCAGCUGUGUGUACGCUACAUGAAUAGAGUUUAGUCUUUUUUGUAGGUAUAGAUAUUCUCUAAGACUAAGUGGUGCAGAGGGCUGUACACAAAAAUGUAUAUGUUUGUAUUUGUAAACUUAUUGACUCUAAAUCAGUGACGUUGCACAAGUUCAGAGUAAACACUAUUGCAAAUACAUCCUCAAUAUUGUUUGAACCUUUUUCACUCAAUUAAGGACCAAAACAGAUACAUAUCCUAUGUACUGGUGCCGCCCAAAUUAAAGAUUGCUCAGAAACAUGUAUAUCUAUUUGAAAAUAAAAAAGAAAAGGAAAGGAUUUCUUGG